ACGAGACAAAAGAUGUUGAGGCAAAUUGAGAUCAGUUUGCGAAAUCUGUCAGCUUCAUUUGUCUCGUCGUUUCUGUCAAUUCCUAGAAAUUUUAAUAAAUUUCUCUCCAAUUAACUUAUCAUUUAGUUAAAUACAAGAGAUCAAUUAACAGAAAAUGGCCCCCAUUAAACCCCUCAGGGCAACCGCCGCGGCGACCGGGGCCAUUCCAAAGACGCCGAAAGCAUCUAAAAACGCUUCAUCCAACAAUCCCCAGCGAGGUCGACAGGUCAAUAACAGUCUGACCGGCUCAUUACCUAGAAAUUCCAACCGAGUUGGAGCAUCGCCUCGAAACUGUUUUAAUUCAGCGACUGAUCCACCCUCCGGAGUUGCUCGGGCCCUUCCAAAGUUGGACCUUUCGCCGGAAGAAGAGCUCCAAAUUUUGGAACGAUUAGAAUCCGGUGAUUGGACUCCGGCCGCAGGUUGGGCGCAGUUUUUGGACCCCAUUCACGCCAAACGGGCCAAUACGAGAACACCGGAACAAACAAGUUGUAGGAAUUUGUCGGCUAAAUUCGCCUCGGUGGAUUAUAGUUCCUCCACGAUAACAAGUGGAUUUCCUCCCCAGGACGAAGACGACGAAGAAACCUACUCUGGUCCUGAUCCCGAUCUCCCCUUGUGGAUGACUCGCCUCGAUGAAAUUAUGCAAGCCGUCGAUAACUACAAGGUUAUCAUGGAACGUACCACGAAAGCCAUGGUUGACGCCCAUUUCGCCAAAAACUUUCCCCCAGAGAAAUUUACAAUUUUCGCCUCCGCGAUGGACAAUGCGAUGGAAUCCUUGAAAAAAUUCACGGAAAAUAAUCUCGAAACGAAUCGUCUCCUCUUUGAAACCGCCUCGUCGCCAAGUGCGGCCUACAUUUCGUGCCCGGCUGAAGACCAGGACGCCCUGCUGCACGAGGUCGCCCAACUUAAUGGACAUUUGAGCAAAAUUGAAAAAUUUGUAAACAAGACGAACAAAAAGGUCAACUUGGAACAUAAAGUGGAACGAUAUGAGGAAUUAGUCAAUCAAUUUGACAAUGCUGUCAUCUCGGCGGGUCAACAGGUCAAAGAGCUCGAGACGCAGACCGACAUGAUGAAAGCAUUUGUCAGCAAGGUCGAAUACGACGACACGGCAGCGACGGCGGCUUCAGUCUUCUCGUCAUCAUUCUACCAGUAACGGAUACGCUUAUGCAAAAACAAGGCUCAAAACUUUUAUACUUUUUCAUACUUUAAAUAAAUAAUACGUCAAAUAAUUAAGUAAGUACGUACAAAUUUAACAUGUAUCGUGUUUUUUAAAGGAAGUGAAAAAAUUCCGAGAAAAACGAUAAUGUUUUUCAAUCUCAAUUUCAAUAUACGCUUACACGAAAAUAGGGCUUUAUACUUUUUCAUAUUUAAAAUAAUAAGCAAGUCAAUUAGCUAAAUAGUAAGUACAAUAA